GGAUGCAUGUAUGUGGACUAUUAACUGAAUUGCAAUGCUAGGUUUAUGGAUUUCUCAAUUAGUAAUUGGGCUUCUUGCUUGGUUUAAAUUUUUGUGUUGUGGGAUGCAUGUAUGUGGACUAUUAUCUAAAUUGCAAUAUUAGGUUUAUGAAUUUCCCAAUUAGUAAGUGUUAUUGAUUACUUGGUAUUAAUGAAAUAUACUCACAUUGUAUAUGGUGUAUUUUGUUAGUUUUGAUGUGAUGGAACCAACAGGAGAUUCUAAUAGUAGGUCACGGGACAUUGCUUCAUGGCCUAGUGCCGUUUCUCAUUACAUGUUGGAGUGUAUAUUGAAGCAGUACAAGAGUGGUAAGAGUGGAAAUAAUGGACUAAAAAAUGAGCAGUUCAUUGAAAUUGCCAACCAACUGAAAGAGAAAUUAUUUACUAGUUACGACUGUGAACAAGUGAGAAACCACUUCCGGAUUUGGAAGCAAAGGCUUAGAGCAUUGAGUGACCUACAGAAGCAAAGUGGAUUGGGUUGGAAUGCAUCUGAUAUGAGAUUUGAUGCUCCUCAACACUUCUGGAAUGAUUAUAGGAAAAAAGAACAAAAGUAUUGGAAGGAACAUAGUGUGCUCCCAAUUCACCUUGAAGUUGGAGCUUUGCUAAGGAAAGAGAUGGCAACUAGGAAUGAUUCAACAGUCCCCUCUGAAGCUGCCACUGAAGUUAUGAUGGACGUGACAGGUACUCAGGUUGAGGGAAUAGGGAACAAUGAUGGUGUUGACUAUGAACCUAUUGAAGAAGAAGAAAGUGUUCCUUCCACUCCCAUUGGUAGUACCAGCCGUUCUCGAGGAAGACCUCGUGGGUCCGUCAAUAGUGGUAGAGAAAAGAGGAAGAAGGGUGCAGCUGAAAAGGUGGUAAAUCCAUUGAAAUCGAUUGCUAACUCAAUCGAGAAGAUGGUAAUGAGUGAAUCUCAGUCUGAAUUUGGGAGAACAAUUAUAGAUGCUGUUGAUGCCAUUCCAGACCUCAAUUUUCAACAAAAGUUUAAGGCCAAGGAAUAUUUCAUGGCCAAGAGGAAUUCUGCCAUUAUUUUCUUGGAAACAAGAGUAGAAGAUAGGCGAAAUCUGCUUGAGAUGUACUUGCCAGAGAUUGAGAAGAAUUGAGGUGAUAAAAGGAACGCAUAGGUGACCCAGAUUACUCCAUUGAGAAAAUUGGUGAGAGAGAGCAGAAAUGGCAUGUAUUUAAC